AUGGCAGAAACAAAACUGAGCAGCUUCAAAGACGAAAGAUGGUCACUCCAUGGCAUGACAGCUCUAGUUACAGGGGGCACCCGAGGCAUUGGGUAUGCAAUAGCAGAAGAAUUGGCAGAAUUUGGAGCAUCUGUGCAUAUAUGUGCCCGGAAACAAGAAGAUGUUGAUAAAUGCUUAGAGGAAUGGAAAAGAAAAGGAUUUCGGAUAACAGGGUCCGUAUGUGACGUACUGUCCCGUGACCAACGUCAAAAUUUAAUGAAAAAUGUUGCUUCCAUCUUUAACGGAAAGCUCAACAUUCUGAUAAACAAUGUUGGAACAUCUAUACCUAAAAACCUGAUAGAUUAUACUGCAGAAGAUGUAAGUACAAUAAUGGGAACUAAUUUUGAGUCUUGUUACCACCUAUGUCAACUAGCAUAUCCACUUCUCAAAGCGUCUGGAUAUGGGAGCAUAGUAUUCAUAUCCUCCAUUGCAGGUCUUAAAGCUUUCCCUUUAUCUUCUAUCUAUGCAUCCUCUAAAGGAGCUAUGAAUCAAUUCACCAAGAAUGUAGCAUUGGAAUGGGCAAAGGAUAAUAUUCGUGCAAAUGCUGUAGCACCUGGACCUAUCAAGACCGUACUCCUGGAUUCUUUCAUGGUAUGUAUGCUGUGCUAG